GGGGGGGGGGGGGGGGGGGGGGGGGGGGGGGGGGGGGGGGGGGGGGGGGGGGGGGGGGGGGGGGGGGGGGGGGGGGGGGGGGGGGGGGGGGGGGGGGGGGGGGGGGGGGGGGGGGGGGGGGGGGGGGGGGGGGGGGGGGGGGGGGGGGGGGGGGGGGGGGGGGGGGGGGGGGGGGGGGGGGGGGGGGGGGGGGGGGGGGGGGGGGGGGGGGGGGGGGGGGGGGGGGGGGGGGGGGGGGGGGGGGGGGGGGGGGGGGGGGGGGGGGGGGGGGGGGGGGGGGGGGGGGGGGGGGGGGGGGGGGGGGGGGGGGGGGGGGGGGGGGGGGGGGGGGGGGGGGGGGGGGGGGGGGGGGGGGGGGGGGGGGGGGGGGGGGGGGGGGGGGGGGGGGGGGGGGGGGGGGGGGGGGGGGGGGGGGGGGGGGGGGGGGGGGGGGGGGGGGGGGGGGGGGGGGGGGGGGGGGGGGGGGGGGGGGGGGGGGGGGGGGGGGGGGGGGGGGGGGGGGGGGGGGGGGGGGGGGGGGGGGGGGGGGGGGGGGGGGGGGGGGGGGGGGGGGGGGGGGGGGGGGGGGGGGGGGGGGGGGGGGGGGGGGGGGGGGGGGGGGGGGGGGGGGGGGGGGGGGGGGGGGGGGGGGGGGGGGGGGGGGGGGGGGGGGGGGGGGGGGGGGGGGGGGGGGGGGGGGGGGGGGGGGGGGGGGGGGGGGGGGGGGGGGGGGGGGGGGGGGUGGGGGGGGGGGGGGGGGGGGGGGGGGGGGGGGGGGGGGGGGGGGGGGGGGGGGGGGGGGGGGGGGGGGGGGGGGGGGGGGGGGGGGGGGGGGGGGGGGGGGGGGGGGGGGGGGGGGGGGGGGGGGGGGGGGGGGGGGGGGGGGGGGGGGGGGGGGGGGGGGGGGGGGGGGGGGGGGGGGGGGGGGGGGGGGGGGGGGGGGGGGGGGGGGGGGGGGGGGGGGGGGGGGGGGGGGGGGGGGGGGGGGGGGGGGGGGGGGGGGGGGGGGGGGGGGGGGGGGGGGGGGGGGGGGGGGGGGGGGGGGGGGGGGGGGGGGGGGGGGGGGGGGGGGGGGGGGGGGGGGGGGGGGGGGGGGGGGGGGGGGGGGGGGGGGGGGGGG